ACCCAAAAGCUAAAACCCUACAAAAUCCCAAAUGACAAAAGCUUAAUAUAGUUAUUCUCUUCCUCUCUACUCAUAUGCAGUAUCAACGAUGGUGAAAUCAAAGCCCUCAAAUGACAACACCAAAGACAUGGAGCUCUUGAAAACAGAGGUGGCCUCUUUCGCUUCUUCUCUUGGUCUCUCUUCUUCUGCUUCUCUCCCUUCCUCUGGUUUCAACGAUGCUGAUUUUCGAAAAUCAGGUCCUCUAAAGAAAUCAAAACCCACAAAACCAAACUCUCAGUCAGAUAAAAACACUCAAGAUAGUAAUAACCAAUUCGAUAACAGCUCAAAGAAGGCCACAAAUUUCAAAAACAAAGACAAGGUUGAGAAAAAAUCGAAUGUUUACCAAAAACCAGAACCAAAACCUCCGGUUUUAUCACUUGAUGAUAAUAACAAGAGAAGUAAUAGAGCAUUUGAGAAAUUCAAGAACCUUCCAAAGCUACCUUUAGUGAAGGCUGGUGCAUUGGGUGUGUGGUAUGAGGAUGCUAUGGAGUUGGAGAAGGAAGUUUUGGGUGAAGGGAAAAGCAAGUUGGAGUUGAAAAUGGGUGUGGAGGCAUGGAAAGUUUUGGUGGAAAAAAAGAAAGAGUUAGGGGAAAGGUUGAUGUGGCAGUAUACACAAGAUUAUGAGCAAAGCAGAGGGAAGAGUGGGGAAAUUAAGAUGGCCGCACUUAGUCAGAGGUCUGGUACUGCCGUUGAUAAAGUGCAUGCCUUUUCUUUGGUUGUUGUGGAUAAUCCCAUUGCCAAUUUGAGGUCACUUGAUGCACUUUUAGGAAUGGUAACAUCUAAAGUGGGGAAACGCCAUGCUCUCAGAGGAUUUGAUGUGCUAGAAGAACUUUUUACUUCAAGUUUGCUGCCUGAUCGCAAGCUGAAGACCCUUUUGCAGCGGCCAGUUAAUAGUCUUCCUGAGACAAAAGAUGGCUAUUCUCUUCUACUUUUUUGGUAUUGGGAGGAUUGCUUGAAGCAGAGGUAUGAACGGUUUGUUUUUGCACUAGAGGAAGCAUCAAGAGAUGCACUACCCAUUCUAAAAGACAGAGCGCUUAAGAUUAUGUACGCUCUGUUGAAUAAUAAAUCAGAGCAGGAGCGUAGGUUGCUCUCUGGCCUUGUUAACAAACUAGGUGAUCCUCAAAAUAGGGGUGCCUCAAAUGCUGACUUUCACUUGUCUAACCUAUUGUCUGACCACCCAAAUAUGAAGGUUGUGGUGAUUGAUGAAGUGGACUCUUUUCUCUUUCGACCUCAUUUGGGACUAAGAGCAAAGUACCAUGCUGUUAACUUUCUGAGCCAAAUUCGUCUGUCUCAUAAAGGAGAUGGACCAAAGGUGGCAAAACGAUUGAUAGAUGUAUAUUUUGCAUUAUUCAAGGUCUUGAUAUCUGAGGUUGAUGGCCGUCAAAAGAUGGAUAAAAGUAGGAAAGCAGAGGAUAUAGAUAUCCAUGAUCCUUCCAGGAAGCAUAACGUGAAAGAUUCAUUAGAACCUCAUGUUGAAUUGGAUUCACGGCUUCUAUCAGCUCUGUUAACAGGAAUUAAUAGAGCAUUUCCUUAUGUUUCAAGCUCUGAGGCUGAUGACAUUAUUGAGAUCCAAACGCCAAUGCUCUUCCGACUGGUGCACUCAAAGAAUUUUAAUGUAGGAGUUCAGGCAUUGAUGCUUCUUGACAAAAUCUCUUCAAGGAAUCAGAUUGUCAGUGACCGCUUUUACCGUGCUUUGUACUCAAAGCUUCUACUUCCAGCUGCCAUGAAUUCUUCCAAGGUGGAAAUGUUUAUUGCACUUCUUCUGAGAGCAAUGAAAAGUGACAUAAAUUUGAAGCGAGUUUCUGCCUUUGCAAAGCGUCUGUUGCAGGUUUCACUUCAGCAGCCGCCUCAAUAUGCCUGUGGAUGUUUGUUUCUCCUUUCUGAAGUUCUCAAAGCAAGGCCUCCUUUAUGGAACAUGGUUAUCCAGAAUGAGUCAGUUGAUGAAGAUCUUGAACAUUUUAAAGAUGUAGUGGAGGAAACUGAUGAUGAACCUCACACGGAGGUGAAAGUUGAAAAUAAUCUUGUAUCUGUUCAAAAUGCAGAUAAGGCCAGUCCCGAAAAUGAUUCUUCAGAAGGUGAAGAUGAUUCCCCUGCUCCUAGCUCAGAUGAUGAUGAGGACGAUGAUUCAGAUGAAGCAGAAGUGUUGUUUUCACAAAAUGGUUCAAAAGAAUUUCAGGAAUCCAAAUCAGCAUCUGAUUAUAAUGAUAACCAGCCUCAAAUAUCCUCUACUGAUUCUUCCCUGCCUGGAGGGUACAAUCCACGGCACAGAGAGCCUUCUUACUGCAAUGCAGAUCGUGCAAGCUGGUGGGAGUUGAUGGUGCUUGCUUCUCAUGUUCAUCCAUCUGUUGCUACCAUGGCUAGGACACUUAUAUCUGGGGCCAAUAUUGUUUACAAUGGUAAUCCAUUAAAUGAUCUCUCGCUUACUGCUUUUCUAGACAAGUUCAUGGAGAAGAAACCAAAGCAGACAACAUGGCAUGGUGGCUCCCAAAUAGAACCAGCAAAAAAGCUUGACAUGAACAAUCAUUUAAUUGGAUCAGAAAUUCUGUCAUUGGCUGAAGUGGACGUGCCUCCUGAAGAUUUAGUUUUUCACAAGUUUUACAUGAAUAAAAUGAAUAGCUCGAAGCCAAAGAAGAAGAAAAAGAAGGCAGCAGCAGAUGAAGAGGCUGCUGAAGAGCUUUUUGAAGUUAGGGGUGGUGAUGAAGUAGGUGGCGGUGAUGAGAGUGAUAAUGAAGAGAUUGAGAAUAUGUUGGAUUCUGCCGAUCUUGCUUUUGAUGCCGAUGGUGAUUAUGACUACGAUGAUUUGGACCAAGUUGCCAAUGAAGAUGAUGAUGACUUGAUUGGAAAUGCCAGUGAUGUUGAAAUGGAUGAUCUGUCAGAUAUUGCAACGGGAGAAGAUUUUGAUGGCAUUGCUAAUGGUGAUAGCGAUGAUGAUGUUCAAGAUGUAGAUGUUGGGGAUGUAGAUGAUGGUAGUGACGAAGAGGAUGGAUUUGACGACAAGAGAAGAAAACGGAAGUCUAGUUUGAAGGUUGGUGCAUCACCAUUUGCAAAUCUUGAAGACUAUGAGCAUUUGUUAAAUGAAGAGAAUCCCGGAAAAGAGAAAUCUAUGGAAAAGAAAAAGCCGAAAUCACGGAAAAAGAAAAAGUCAUCCAAGUGAGUGCCUCAUUCACAAUCUCAUCAAAAUCAGGUCAGAAGGAUCUUUCAUUGGUUUGCGCAUACUGGGAAUUAACGUGAAUGAAGUGCUCUUUGUUGUUUGGUUUAUAGUACAAUAUUAGAAUUCUGCAAUUAAGCUACAGAGGCGAUGGUUAAUGCUAACGCCGUAAAAAUUUUGGUUCAGCAAGGACAACAUGGUUAAACAAGCAUGUGCUAAUUUAUAAAACAACUUGAUUCUUUCCUUUUCUGUUUUAUGUCUCUGUAUCUUUAUAUAGGUUUCUAUACUUUGCUUUGCCACUUAAAUUGGCUUUUGGACCACUAAGCAUUUCAGUUUACUUUGGAGAUUACUUGUAAAAUGCUUGAAUAUUAUUUAGUAUUUACAGACAGAAAAGCAGCUUCUUUCAAAUUGGAAUUUUCCCA